AUCUGUAAGGAAAGGGGAGGCAACCUGGCCACCAUCAAACAAUCCGAGGACGCUCUCAUGAUUGAGUCUCUGUUCUCCAACAUGGAGCUGAGGGCUCAUCAGAGCCGUCUGCAAGUUUGGAUCGGAUUGCAGCGUCAGCCACGCCAGUGUUCGCCCAACCGCCCCUUGCGCGGCUUCAGCUGGAUUACUGGAGACCAGGACACCCAGUACACUAACUGGCUCCAUGACGAUUCUCCGUCCACCUGCUCGUUCCCUCGGUGUGUUAUUAUGGGGUACAGCACCGUCUCCUCCGAGCUCCAAGACAACUUCAAGUGGAGGGAUGGACCCUGUUCAGUCCCCGUGGACGCAUACCUGUGCAGGUUCACCUACAGGGGUAUGUGUCCCGCUAUUAGGAGUGAAGGAGGUGGAAACGCUUUUUAUAGCACCCCUUUUAACUUGCUUAGUACUAUUCUCACUCAUGUGCCCAUCGGGACUAUGGCAAAGGUGCCCUGUCCCAUGGGCACUAAAGAAGAUCAGUCCGUGCUAUGCACCCAGCGAAGUGACGGCAGUGUCGCCUGGAACAGGGACGCCCCCUUGUGCACCGACAUCCCCAAGAAGAGCUGGUGCGACCAGGACAAUGGCGGAUGCCUCCACGACUGCGUGGAGACAGAGACGCACCACUACUGUAAAUGUGACGAGGGCUACCUCCUGGCCGAGGAUGGGGUGAGCUGUUUCCAAACGGACCCAUGCCAGGGGUCACUGUGUCAAUACGAGUGCCUGCCAGUGAUGGGCAGUUACCGUUGCAUCUGUCCUGAGGGUUACAUGCUGAUGGAGGACGAGCACAGCUGCUUGGAUGUGGACGAGUGUCUGCAGAGCCCGUGCGAGCAACAGUGUGUGAAUGCACCAGGAACAUUUGAGUGUCGAUGCGAGGCUGGCUACUGGCUGGAUGAAGCGGGCAUGUGUGAAGAUGUGGACGAAUGCACAGAGGAACCCUGCGAACACGCUUGCGAGAACACACCAGGUUCUCACAUCUGUCACUGCCGCCUGGGUUUCGCACCGCUGGGGGAGGACCCGAGUCGUUGUCAUGACAUCAACGAAUGCCAGAUCGAAGGGACCUGUGAGCAUAUGUGUCUCAACUAUGAUGGUGGGUUCGAGUGCUACUGUGAGGAGGGAUACGAGCUAAUGCCUAACCAGUACUCCUGCAGGCUGAUUUCAGGGGAUCAGGAGACUCCAUCCGCCACUCCUCCCCAUCCCUGGAUCACCAGUAACCCUGAUCCGAUGUGGGAUCCCCAGUACCCUUGGCUGGCCAAGCCCAAUAUCAACUGGCCAUCACAUUCAGGUACAGAGCAGCUCGAUUGGCUGACUGACCCUCCCAAUGUGGAGAACCUGUCCACUGAUUUGAUGUCACUCACCACAGCUUCUCUUGAAGAGGCUGAGCUAACCCCAGACCUCAAAAAACCUUCCCAGGAUGCAAAAGACAGCUGGAACAUUCCGGAUUUCAGAGAGCCGGAGGAUGAAGCACUGGUUCCGCCCACAACCGCGACACCAACACCUGAUUACUAUGAUGACGAAAGCACCAUGACCGCUACACCUCCCUCCACUUCUACUGUUGGAGGUGGAGCAUGGAGCUGGUUUUGGCACACCUCCAGCCCAUCAGAGAACGAGGACUCUUUCACUAUUUCGGCAGAUAUGGAUACGGAAGUUGACUAUUAUGAAGAGACGAACACUGCUUUCCCACAGUCACACACCCCCUCCUUGUUCAUUACAAAUCAAAUACCAGUUCAAGGAAUAGAGGAGGAGACAUCUGCGAAUGAGAGCAACUGGCUCCUGGUAGCUUUGCUGGUACCCCUCUGCAUUUUCAUUCUGGUGCUGGUGGUACUGGGCAUCAUCUACUGUACGCGUUGCAACGCCCAGCAACGCAGCAACAAGAGCGCUACAGACUGUUACCACUGGAUCUCAGGAGCCAGCGACAAAGCAGCAGCCGACAUAGACGCUGGGACAAAGUCUCAUGUAUAAUCAGCCAGCGCAGUGGCAUUCCAGAGAAGGAAAUAAAUAUCAUUUUGACGUGUGAGCAGUCGAAAUUCUGACGGGAGCAAAGGAGAACUGGGCUGCACGCUCCCAUUCUUCUGUGACACUUAAUAUGUGAGAAUAUUUAUGCGGAAUAUCUAUUAGAAGGGAACAAGCCGGGAGAGGGAAUAUUUGAGAAACCGCUG